CCUCCUGCCAUAUAAAUAGGCCUGAUAGAACUUUAUUAUUCUAGCAUCACGGCAGCCGGUUUCUGCUCAGUUUGGAGUUACUCUUGUCACCACAACUGUAUGCCUGCUUGAAGGAGGUUUAAAAACAGGGCUUAAGCAGCACAAGGAGUCUGCAUGUCUGCGUAGACAUGCUCAGCUUUGUGGAUUCUCGGAUUCUGUUGCUGCUUGCAGUAACUUCAUACCUAGCGUCAUGCCAAUACUUGGGUCCCAGAGGAGACAAAGGACCUCGAGGUGACAGGGGUCCUAAGGGCCCAAAUGGAAGAGACGGCAAACCCGGACUCCCUGGCCCCGCUGGCCCUCCUGGCCCCCCUGGACUCGGAGGAAACUUUGCUGCUCAGUAUGAUGGUUCAAAAGCUCCCGAUCCCGCCCCUGGACCCCCGGGUUUGGUGGGACCUAGAGGCCCUCCCGGACCUCCUGGACCCCCUGGACCUCAGGGACACACCGGACACCCUGGUGAGCCCGGAGAGCCUGGACAGACUGGCCCCCUCGGUGCUCGUGGCCCACCUGGACCCCCUGGCAAAUCUGGAGAGGAUGGUAACAACGGCAGACCUGGUAAGCCCGGAGACAGAGGAACCCCCGGCCCACAGGGCGCUCGUGGAUUCCCCGGAACCCCUGGACUUCCAGGAAUGAAGGGACACAGAGGUUACACUGGUCUGGAUGGACGCAAGGGAGAGAAUGGUGGUGCUGGCGCUAAGGGUGAGCCUGGUGCCCACGGAGCUGCCGGAAGUCCUGGACUGGCUGGAGCUCGUGGUAUGUCUGGAGAGAGAGGACGGGCUGGCCCUGCUGGCCCUGCUGGUGCCCGUGGUGCUGAUGGCAACGUUGGACCCGCUGGCCCUGCUGGUCCCCUUGGAGCUGCUGGUCCCCCAGGUUUCCCCGGUGGCCCCGGACCCAAAGGAGAGAUUGGACCUGCUGGAGCUACUGGCCCAACUGGAGCUCAGGGAGCAAGAGGAGAGCCCGGUCUCAAUGGUGCUGUUGGCCCCGUUGGUCCCGCUGGUAACCCUGGUGCUAAUGGUCUGAACGGAGCCAAGGGAGCUGCUGGCACCCCUGGUGUUGCUGGAGCUCCUGGCUUCCCUGGACCAAGAGGAGGACCUGGACCCCAGGGCCCUCAGGGUCCUGCUGGACAGAGAGGCCUUUCUGGAGAUCCUGGUGCUCAGGGUGUUAAGGGAGAUAGCGGACCCAAAGGAGAGCCUGGUAACUCUGGACCUCAGGGACCCCCCGGACCUCAGGGUGAGGAGGGCAAGAGAGGACCAACUGGUGAGCUUGGUGCCACUGGACCUGCUGGAGGCCGUGGAGCUAGAGGAUCCCCCGGCAGCCGUGGCAUGCCUGGUAGUGAGGGAAGAACUGGCCCAAUUGGCAUGCCUGGUGCCCGUGGUUCCAGUGGUGCUCCUGGACCUCGUGGACCCCCUGGAGAUGCUGGCCGCGCCGGAGAAUCUGGCCCAGCUGGUCUCAGGGGUCUCCCAGGAAGCCCUGGAAGCUCCGGACCCCCAGGAAAGGAGGGAGCCUCUGGCCCCGCCGGACAAGAUGGCCGCACUGGACCUCCCGGCCCAACUGGACCAAGAGGCCAGCCCGGAAACAUUGGUUUCCCCGGACCCAAAGGACCUUCUGGUGACGCUGGCAAGCCUGGAGAUAAGGGAUCCACUGGUGCCACUGGUCUGAGAGGACUCCCUGGACCUGACGGCAACAAUGGAGCCACUGGCCCAACUGGACCCGCUGGCGGCCCUGGUGAGAAGGGAGAGCAGGGAGCUGCUGGAGCACCUGGCUUCCAGGGUCUGCCUGGACCCGCUGGAGGGCCUGGAGAGGCUGGCAAGCCCGGAGAGAGAGGAAUCCCAGGGGACCAUGGAGUUGCUGGACCUGCUGGUACCAAGGGAGAGCGUGGUAACCCUGGUGCUGCUGGAGCUUCUGGCGCUCAGGGACCUAUUGGACCCCGUGGACCCGCUGGAGCCCCCGGAAGCGAUGGUGGCAAGGGAGAGCCUGGCGCUGCUGGAGCUGCUGGUGCUGCUGGACACCAGGGACCAGGUGGCAUGCCUGGUGAGCGUGGAGCUGCUGGUGUUCCAGGAGCCAAGGGAGAGAAGGGAGAGGGUGGACACAGAGGACCUGAAGGCAAUGCUGGCAGAGAUGGUAGCCGUGGUAUGCCCGGACCUGCCGGACCUCCUGGACCCACUGGAGCUAAUGGGGAUAAGGGUGAGAGUGGUGGCUUUGGACCCUCUGGCCCCGCUGGACCUCGUGGAGCCCCUGGAGAGCGUGGAGAGGUUGGCCCUGCUGGAUCUGCUGGAUUCGCUGGACCCCCUGGCGCUGAUGGUCAGACCGGAGCAAGAGGAGAGCGUGGACCUGCCGGAGUCAAGGGAGAAACUGGCGCCGCCGGCCCUGCUGGACCCGCUGGACAGUCCGGACCUGCUGGUCCUUCUGGCGCUGCUGGACCUGCUGGUCCUCGUGGAGACAACGGCCCACCUGGUCUGACUGGUUUCUCUGGUGCUGCUGGCAGAGUUGGUGCAGCUGGUCCCGCUGGUAUUGUUGGACCCCCUGGCCAUGCUGGUCCCGCUGGUAAGGAUGGUCCUCGUGGUCUCCGUGGUGAUCCUGGUCCCGCUGGUCCUUCUGGAGAGCAGGGUAUGGUUGGACCACCUGGUCUAUCUGGAGAGAAAGGACCCUCUGGAGAGUCUGGUCCCCCUGGUCCUAGUGGUCCCCCUGGAACCAGUGGUCCUCUUGGACUUCAGGGAUUCGUUGGUCUUCCCGGUGCUAGAGGAGAUCGUGGUGCACCUGGUGGUGCUGGUGCUUUGGGAGAGCCUGGUAGAGUUGGACCUCCUGGUCCCUCUGGAGCCCGUGGUCCCCCUGGCAACAUUGGCCUGCCUGGUAUGACCGGACCUCAGGGAGAGGCUGGACGUGAGGGUAGCCCCGGUAACGAUGGACCCCCUGGCCGUCCUGGUAAUCCUGGAUUCAAGGGAGACCGUGGUGAGCCCGGACCUGCUGGUUCCAUGGGACUUGCUGGUUCCCCCGGACCUGCUGGACCCACUGGAGCUUCUGGCAGACCUGGAAACCGUGGAGAGGCUGGCCCAUCUGGUCCCUCUGGACCCGCUGGCGCCGCUGGAGCUAGAGGUGCCGCUGGACCUGCUGGAACCCGUGGUGAGAAGGGAGUAGCUGGAGAAAAAGGAGAGAGAGGCAUGAAGGGUCUGCGUGGACAUGCUGGUCUCCAGGGAAUGCCCGGACCUUCUGGACCAUCUGGUGACACUGGAUCUGCUGGACCAAGUGGAACUGCUGGACCCAGAGGACCUGCUGGACCCCACGGACCCCCUGGUAAGGAUGGCAGAGCUGGCAGCCAUGGUGCUAUUGGCUCUCCUGGUGCUCGUGGACCCCCUGGAUACGUCGGACCUGCUGGUCCUGCUGGAUCUCCUGGUCUGCCUGGACCUCCUGGCCCCGCUGGUGGUGGAUAUGAUGUCUCUGGAUAUGAUGAGUACAGAGCCGAUCAGCCCGCCCUGAGAGCCAAGGACUACGAGGUUGAUGCCACCAUCAAGUCCCUCAACACUCAGAUCGAGAACCUGCUCACCCCUGAGGGAUCCAGGAAGAACCCUGCCCGCACCUGCCGUGACAUCAAGCUCAGCCACCCCGACUGGAGCAGCGGAUUCUACUAUAUUGACCCCAACCAGGGAUGCAUCAAUGAUGCCAUCAAGGUGUUCUGCGACUUCUCCACCCGCGAGACCUGCAUCCAUGCACACCCCGAGAGCAUCGCCCACAAGAACUGGUACAGAAGCACCGAGAGCAAGAAGCACGUCUGGUUCGGCGAGACCAUCAACGGUGGUACUGAGUUUACCUACAACGAUGAGACACUCAGCCCACAGAGCAUGGCCACCCAACUUGCCUUCAUGCGCCUGCUGUCCAACCAGGCUAGCCAGAACAUCACCUACCAUUGCAAGAACAGCAACGCCUACAUGAGUGAGGAGACCGGUAACCUGAAGAAGGCUGUGGUUCUCCAGGGCUCCAAUGAUGUAGAGCUAAGAGCUGAGGGCAACAGCCGCUUCACCUUCUCCGUGCUGGAGGACGGCUGCACUAGACACACUGGUGAAUGGAGCAAGACAGUGAUUGAGUACAGAACGAAUAAACCAUCUCGCCUGCCCAUCCUCGACAUUGCACCUUUGGACAUUGGUGGAGCUGAUCAGGAGUUUGGUUUGGACAUUGGCCCAGUCUGUUUCAAAUAAAUAGACUCAUGAUAAAUUAACACCCAAAAAGAGAGAAAGAACGAAAAAACAAAAUCUCUGCCCUUCUUUCUUUGUUGUUUUUUUUUAUACCGAAUGCUGAUUUCUCUCUGCGCAUCCACUUGCUUAAGAUGGGCAACUAUCUGAGAGGACUGAACGGACUGAACGGAGCGUUUGUGCAAUGCAAAUUAAUACAGCAACCCAAAGGGACGCGGGAAAACAGCUUGUUGUGGGACAUCAUGUCAUCGUUUUGUAAAAAAUAAAAGAAGUGAAAUAAAAACGCUGAAAGUAUGCAUCACUUUGUGGUCUUUGUAUAUCUUCCAAAGAGGAGGUUUAAAACCACAAUUUCCAUGAAAAAAAGGUUUAAGCUACCUCAUGCCAGUAUACCUAAAGAAAAUACUUUUGACAAAACCUGGGUCCACAACCGGGAUGUUAAGACUUCUAAUGCUUCAAGCUUUGUCAUGUAUCGGAAGGUGCUCAGUUACUUGAAGCAGAGAUCUAUGGUGCUAAUAUGCAGCUGUGGAGCAAACCACUUUUUACUGUAUUACUUUGUAUUGACAUUUAAGGAGUCUUGCAAUCGUCCCCUGAUACUCCCCCAAGUUAAGCAGGUGGAAUGUUCCUAAAUCUGAUGUCUGGUUUUUGUUUUGUUUCGUUCUUUUUUGUUUUGUCUAGAAGUUUUUUUUUUUAUUGUUUUGGUUUUUUGUUCAGGCUUUUUUACUUCCAAACCCCACACUGAGUGUUCAUACUGACAUAUUUCAUCCAAUUGUUUUUAGGUGGCCUCUGUCUCUCUCUCUCUCAAAAAAUGAAACCACAAAGUCUAUUGUACCUAUUUUGUAUAUGUGAGAUGUUUAAAUAAAUUGUGAAAAGUUCUGAAAUAAAGCAUGUCCAAUGUUCCAAAACACAAUGCUCAGUGAAUUAAGUGCUUUCAGGUUUUAAUGACACCAUUGAAGGUUUGCCACUGUACUUUGGUUCUAGAUUUGGAUAAUAAUAACACAUCUUUAUUAACUUAAACAUCUUCCUAUUGUGGAAGCACAGUCAUGUCCCUUUUUUACCCCCUCCCCUUUCUUGCUUUUCAACAGCAUCCAAUUUCAAUGUACAGUAAAUGUCUGUUGACACUGUCCAUGCCAAUGUGUGAUUACUAACGUGCAUUGUUUCUUGUAAAUAUGCAUCCUCUGAUGUUGCUUUUCCUUGCAUAAUACAACUUUUGCAUCCAAAUAAAUGUCUGUGGUUUGGA